UCUGCCAGCGGCAGCCGGCCCGCCCCGGCACCGCUCCGCUCCGCUCUGCCAGCGGCAGCCGGCCGCGCAAGGGGUGAGGAUGCCAAGCAUCAGCAGCGGGCGCGGGGCCGGGUGCACCCGGCGCCGGCAGCUCCCGUCCCCGCUGCUGCUCCUCUUGUCAGCGCUGCUUGGGGCACCGGCGCUGGUGGCUUUCAACUUGGACGAGGAGAAGCCGACGGUGUACAGCGGCCCCCCGGGCAGCUACUUCGGGUACUCGGUGGACUUCUACAUCCCCGACUCCAGCACGGUCAGUGUGCUGGUGGGAGCCCCUAAAGCCAACACCACGCAGCCAGACAUCGUGGAAGGAGGAGCGGUGUACUACUGCGGCUGGCCCGGCGCACUCUGCAGGCAGAUACCCUUCGACGGCACCAACAACAGGAAGGUGAAAGUCAAUGGCACCAGGGAGCCCAUCGAGUUCAAGACCAGUCAGUGGUUUGGGGCCACAGUCAAAGCUCACAAAGAAAAAGUGGUGGCUUGUGCCCCACUGUAUCACUGGAGAACCCUUAAAGACAGCCCUGAGAAGGACCCGGUGGGCACCUGCUAUGUGGCGGUUCAGAACUUCAGUGCCUACGCCGAGUACUCUCCUUGCCGCAACAGCAAUGCAGAUCCCGAAGGACAAGGCUUUUGCCAAGCAGGUUUCAGCUUAGAUUUUUACAAGAAUGGAGACCUGAUAAUAGGAGGGCCUGGAAGUUUUUACUGGCAAGGUCAGGUCAUCACUGCCAGCGUGGCAGACAUCAUUACCAACUACUCCUUCAAGGACAUUCUGAGGAAGCUGGCACAAGAGAAGCAGACAGGGGUGGCACCCCCCUCCUACGAUGACAACUACCUGGGAUACUCAGUGGCUGCUGGGGAGUUCACUGGGGAUUCUGAACAAGAGCUGGUUGCUGGAGUCCCAAGGGGAGCACAGAACUUUGGCUAUGUCUCCAUCAUUAACUCCUCAGACCUGACCUUUAUCCAGAACUUCACCGGUGAGCAGAUGGCGUCUUACUUUGGGUACACAGUGGCGGUAGCUGAUGUGAACAGUGAUGGCCUGGAUGACCUCUUGGUUGGUGCCCCUCUCUUUAUGGAGCGUGAGUUUGAGAGCAAGCCCAGAGAAGUGGGGCAGGUGUACCUGUACCUGCAGGAGGGAGCCUCCCUCUUCCGAGAGGCGCAGCUGCUGACGGGCGCCGAAGCCUUCGGCAGGUUUGGCAGUGCCCUCGCGCGCCUGGGAGACCUGGACCGAGACGGCUACGAGGACAUUGCUGUUGGUGCACCCUUCGCAGGGGAGGACGGAAGAGGGAAGGUGCUCAUUUACAACGGGUACAGCGAGGGGUUAAAGCCUAACCCUUCCCAGGUCCUCAGUGGAGCCUGGGCCUCACAGUCCAUGCCUUCAGGAUUUGGCUUCACCCUGAGAGGAGCCUCGGAUGUAGACAAGAAUGAUUACCCAGAUCUAAUCGUGGGUGCCUUUGGAGCUGCCAGGGCAGUUGUCUACAGGGCCAGACCUGUUGUGACAGUGAAUGCUCAGCUCCUUCUGAACCCCACCAUUGUGAAUCCAGACAACAAAACCUGUCAGCUCCCUGGCUCCCAGCUUCUGGUGGCCUGCUUCACUGUGAGAGUCUGCGCAGAAUUCCAAGGUCAGAGUAUCUCAGAUGAAAUAGUGCUGAAAGGGGAGCUGCAGCUGGACUCACUGAAACAGAAAGGAGCAGUUAAAAGGACUCUCUUCUUUGAGUACCAUCAGGCACAUCACUACUUCUCCAUUGCCAUGGCGAGGCAGAAGCUGCCCCACUGCCAGGACUUCCUUGUCUAUCUCAGAGACGAAGCAGAGUUUAGAGAUAAAUUAUCUCCCAUCAGCAUAAACUUCAACUACAGCUUGGAUGAGGCCAGCUCUGAGGACAGCUCCACCCUGAAGCCCAUCCUCAACCACUACCAGAAGAGCUCAGCGACAGAACAGGCUCACAUCCUGGUUGACUGUGGAGAAGACAACCUCUGCAUCCCUGAGCUGCAGCUCUCUGCCGUGCCAGACAAGGACCAGCUGGUGAUUGGAGAAGAGAACUGUGUCAUGCUCCUCAUAAACCCCAGGAAUGAUGGGGAAGGAGCCUACGAAGCUGAGCUACACAUCAGGAUCCCACCCGAGGCAGACUACACCGGGGUUGAGCGCAGCAGCAAGGCCCUGCGAGUGCUGAGCUGUGACUACAAGCAGGAGAACGACAGCAGGAAGGUGGUCUGCGACCUGGGCAACCCCAUGGCAGCCGGCGCCAACUUCUCCACAGGCAUCCGAUUUGCUGUCCAGCACUUUGAAAACGCAGGUUCCAGCAUCAGCUUCGAGCUGCAGAUAAAAAGUUCCAACAAGGUGAAUCCCACCAGCAACUUGGUUAACCUCCACAUCAACAUCAGUGCUAUGGCUCAAGUACUGCUCAGGGGUGUUUCUCACCCCCCAACAAUCAUUUUGCCACUUCACAACUGGGAACCCACAGAGGAGCCUACAAAAGAGGAAGAAGUUGGCCCUUUAGUGGAACACAUCUACGAGCUGCACAACCUGGGCCCGAGUGCCGUCGGGCACACGGUGCUGCACGUCGGGUGGCCUGCAGCCAGCCAGGAGGAGCCUCUGCUCUACAUCCUCCACCUCCAGACCCAUGGGCCCCUGCACUGCCAGGCCAGCUCUGCUCUCAACGCCAUGCACAUCAAGUUCGCCGUCCCGCAGGACGCUCCCGAGCUGGCUGCCUUCCUCUACAACUCCAGCCUUGCCCACCAGGUCAGCAGGAGGGACGUGGCAGCGGCAGAAGCGCACAGGAGGAACUCUGCGAAAGUCCUGAACUGUACCAACGUGAAGUGCACCCAGAUCUCCUGCACCGUGGCACAGCUGGAAAGAGGCAGGAGUGCGGCACUCAGAAUCAGGUCCCGGCUCUGGGCACAAACCUUCCUGGAGAGAAAGAAUGACCUCUACACUCUGUCCUCCAACGUGUCCUUCCAAGUGCAGAGCAUGCCCUACCGAGUGCCACCGGCCCAGCUCCCCGAGGGCAGCAUAGCAAUCAGAACAUCUGUCCUUUGGUCCACUCCAAACGUCUCCUUUGUGAUCCCUCUGUGGGUCAUAAUCCUAGCAAUACUUCUGGGACUGCUGGUGUUAGCCCUGCUGACCCUGGCGCUGUGGAAGUGUGGCUUCUUUGACAGAGCCAGACCCCCGCAGGCUGACAGGGAGCAGCUGACAAACAAGACUACUGAUGCAUAGAGGGAGAGAGUGACAGCUCAAGUCAGAAUCCUGCCUCAGACUGGGAACACCACGAGGACUAAAUGAAGGGUUCCUGCCACCAGCCUUCCGUUGUACCUCUGGAGGUGAUGAAGUGUCCACACCUGACCUAUGCAACGUGCUGAGGAGGCGCCACGUGCUGGCCGUCCAAAGCAAGCAGCUUCCUCACUGCCUUACACACCCCCUCCCCACCGAGCAGAGCCUCUGUGUCCCAGCCCAGCCAGCCCAGGCUCCAGCAGAAGCUCUGGGCAUGUGUGGAAUAUUGAGGUGCUUCCAGAAGCAGCCCAGAGCUCCCGAGGAGAGGACACCUGCAGCCCUGCCUUGUCUAGAAGAUGGACCAGGAGACAACUUCUGAAGGCUACUGGGUCAUGCAGAGCAGCUUUGACACCUGCCUAAGAACACAGACUGCCCUGAAGUGGUGGCUCAAGGAGACAAGCAAUAGGGCAGUACUGAGAGCACUGCUGGCAGACAAACCCUUCUGAGAUGGGGCAGAGUCAUUUAUUUCUCCAGCUUGGCAGGAUAAGUAUCUGAUAUAAUCAUCUGCUUAGGUCUUGGGAGAAGAAAGUAAGAGAAGCAGAAGUCAUUUACUGACCUUGCAUGUAAAUAGAGAAGUAAACCCACCCUGUACACACAGAGCACAGCUCCCAUGGCCAGAAGGGGUUCGCAGGGCAGAAGAGCCACACAGCAGUGGUCGGCAGGAGGCACUUGAUGAGCACCUCCCCGGCGUGGCUCCUUCAGCCCAGGGCUGGCAGUGUCACGGCUAACUGCACCCCUGCAGGGUGUGGAGCAAGAGGUGAGUCCCCUCCUCUUGCCUUGCUGAUGGGUGGCACCUGCCUGGCUGGCACAGGGGCCUGUCCCCUCUGAACCGCUGAUGGAAGCUGUCACAGCCACGGCAGUCACACUGGGCAGGCUCAGGGCAGGCUCAGGGCUUGGGGGCUGGGGUGGGUCUGUGCCAUUGCCACGUCGCCUCUGAAAUGGAGCAAGCACUGCCCAUGUGCCUGCUGUCACCUUGUGCCUGCUGUCACCUUGUGCCACAGACCCUGCCCACAGAAGCCUGUGCCCUCUCAGGCGUUUGGCAGCCCUGCUGUCUGUGCAGCUCAGGUCUGCCUGCAGCCAGUUCUGACCCAAAGCUGUGCUGGGAAGGCUUUGUGCUCACGCAGGGAGCAGCUGCCAGCCUGCCAGCAGCAGCAAGAGGGAGGGAAGAGAGCUGGGGGUAAAGAGGGGAAAUGCACGUUUGGGAUGCUGGUUUGUUUCUGAAGAAGACAGGCUCCAUGCUUCCCUUUCUGUCUGCAAAGGGCCUCUGUCUCAGCGAGAGCUCUCAGCUGGGAGCUGCGAGGGCAUGUGCCUGAGGGCAUGAGGCUGCCCCUGCAGCCUGUGUCUGUCAGCUCUCUGCUGCAAACUUCACCUCCCUGCCCUUCUCCUCAGCUCCUUCUCUUUCCAGGCCAUCUCAGCUUCUGGGCUGGCAAAUGGGCUCACCCAGUCUGCUGCUCCUUGGCUUUUCUCAGAUAAGUGCCUUUCUGCUUCCCAAGACGUUGGGCUGGGGCUAGGCAGGAGCCCUGCUCACUGCUCUCAGACCCACAGGAGGUUUUGCAGCUCUACCAUUUCUUGCACACAGCCUGGCUCGUGAAACCCAGAAACCUGAGCAGGCAGCAGCUUCCUCCUGCAUGUCUCAGUUCAGCUGCAAGAUCUCUAGAGAGUCUUGAACUUGUGAUGUACAAGGUCUCUAGAGAGUCUUGAACAUAGGAUGUACCCUGAGGUAAUGAGGAGAGGAAAGCUGGAGGUGCUUCACCUGCCUGGCCACUGCCCUGUCCCCCAGCAACCCGUUCUGAGACCCUUCCCCUAGAUGGGUUUGAGCCAAGCCCUUGGUAGGUUAGAGAGGUCAGCUGGUCAAUAGCACCACAAAGCAAGCCUGUCCCACCUCUCUAUCCCAUCCAGCCCAGGCAGAGCCACCCUGCCCUGAAGGAGCCCAGGAGCUCCCAGCUGGGGUAACUCCUGUGCAGCUGUGCCCGCAGCCAGAGCAGCUGGCGUGGGACAGGCACCUCAGACACGCAGCUCCUGCUGCUGGGAGGGCAGCAGGAGGAGACACUGAACACAGGACCUGUGUAUGUGCAAUACUUUCUGUCCCCUGUAUACCUGAAGCAUGUUUACACUGGCAUUUGUGGUUGGUUUUUACUCUUGUGGAUAUGCUGAUUAAUUAUUACAGUAAUAAACCAAAUAAUAAUAGGGGGGAAUAAAAGGAAAAACCAAACCCUAAAGCAAGCACAGCUCUGUCUGGGCUUUGUUGCUAGGUGUUCCCAGCCCUGGGCUGCUCUGAGGGCUGCCUGGGGGACCUGCUGCGUUCCCUGCAGUUGGAACAUCCCUGGCCCACUCCUGAGCAGUUCCUCUUCAGCGUGACCAUGGCAGAGCACUAAACGUCAGCCAAAGAGAACCUCGCUGGGCCUGGCUGGGAUCCAUCGGCUGCAGCUGUGCAGUGUCACCGGGAAGCAAAUCAGAGGCACAGGAUCUGACAAGCAGUUACUUUGAGCGAGGCUUUGUUUUGGAUUUCUACAUCCUCGCAGAUUGAACUUCCCCCGUGGCAGGGUCGGGAGCGGCGGCGCCGCCGGGGGGCUGCAGCGCUGGGUCCUGCCUUUGGCUGCAAAUUGCAAACAGCUUUCUGCGGGAGACUGCUUUCUGCCGGCCUGCCUGCCAGGCGUGUGCAUCCUCCGGGGCAGGGCGCAGCCUGGAUGCGGACAGCGGCAGGCAGUUGCCACGCUCUUGCCCCCAGGGAAUUA